AAUCUAUCAAUAAAUAUAACGUUAGGUCUGUCAGAAGAAAGAUACUAAGCUUGGGGAACAAAUUGUAGCUAUCUAUAUCUUAUCUAUCCAUCCAUCUCAUCGCAUAAAUUGAGACCCAAAUUGCUCUUACUGGUUCUUCGUUUCCAGACAAUGAAGCGUCAUCAAACUCUGGUGUGAAGCUCUUCGUUCUGAUCCCUGUUCCCCGGCACAUUCCAUCUCGGAUCUGACAUCCUGGCAACGCUCCGGAAAUGAGUUCGAAUUGCGGAAGACGUCCUUGAACUUUGGCUAUGAUCGGAACCAAUAGUUUGGUUCAGAUUUCGAGAUUAACAAUUGCGAAUUAGGUUUUAGUCUAUUAAACAAGGGUUGGAUCGAGGUGUGACACUGGAUCUUGAUAUUUCUGAAGACUGUCAUUGAAGAAGUUAAUAUGUGCAGCAAGAAAACGGUGAAUUUGGACGACGAGCAAAUAGCCGAGCUACGCGAGAUUUUCCGUUCAUUCGAUCGGAACAACGACGGCAGCCUCACUCAAUUGGAGCUCAGCUCGCUUCUUCGAUCGCUUGGUCUGAAACCAAGCCCUGAACAGCUAGAGGGAUUCAUGCUGAAGGCGGAUACAAACAACAAUGGCCUUGUGGAGUUCUCGGAGUUUGUGGCACUGGUGGCGCCUGAUCUUCUGCCGGCGAAGUCGCCGUACACGGAAGAACAGCUGAAGCAUCUGUUCACAAUGUUUGAUAGAGACGGAAAUGGGUUCAUCACGGCGGCGGAGUUGGCGCACUCUAUGGCGAAGCUAGGGCAUGCUCUCACAGCAGAAGAGUUGACAGGGAUGAUCAAGGAGGCUGAUUCUGAUGGAGAUGGAAGGAUCAGUUUUCAGGAGUUCUCGCAGGCCAUUACUUCAGCUGCUUUUGAUAAUUCCUGGGCUUGAGAAUUCAUCUUCUUUCUGAAUCGGCAACCAAAGUCAGUAUAGUGAAGGCAAUACCGUUUGAUGAAGAAGAAUCCGAAUAUGUUGCUAGAUGAGUGAUUUCUAAACUUUUUCUUUAGAUGCAGAAGUUCUGAUCAGGCUGGCCUCUAGGGUUGAGUUGAAAGGUUUGCUGUGUCAUUUGGUUCUGUGCCGUUUUCCAAUAUGAAAACAUCAGCUUUCGUGACUCCCUGAGCAUUCGAUAAUCAAAAAUUUGAUCAUCUGUCAAACGACUUUUUGAUAUAAAUUGAGGGUUGUUUAAAAUUAUAGAAAGAGGCUGCUUUUUCACAUUUGUUCCACCAAGUUACCACUCAACAAGGAUGUCAUUCAGAUUA